GACGCCUUGGACACAUCCAAAGAGUGUGCACAUACUCGGAGACUAACAAGCGUGUUGCAAUGGAAACAUUGGAUACGGUUCCUAAAAAGAUCGCUGCAAUUGAGAUUCCAGAGGAAAAACUUAAAGAGGACCCGGUAAGUGGAACUGCGGAAACCACUAUUUGAGAGACAAUUUAUCAUGUAAAAUUUAAUAAUGUUUACUGUUUAUUGAAGUUUCGAGGUUAUUAACAAAAUUAAAAUAAAAUUUGAAUUCGUUAAAUAUUUAGUUUUGCUGAAAAAUGACUAACUACUUGACUGUAAUAAACUGAAAAUAUAAAACAAUAAAAAAAAAAUGUAUAUUUGAUAACAAGUGAUGCUUAUUGUAUUAUAACAGGAAAUGAUGACUACUUCGCCCAUGUAUGUUUGUUCUCAAUCGGUAUCUACUGGAAAAAUCGGAAUUGAACGGGAUCCAAAGUCAUCGAAAAUUAUAUCCGAAUCUUUGGGGUGUGCUUCUGAUUCCACAGCACGAAUUGCUUCCUCAUCUUUGACAAACGUGUGCGUAUUAGCUAAUCCUGAAAAGGUUGAUAACCCGAAACAUCCACGGCCGAGUACAGUGAGUGCAUUAGCGCAAAUGUCGACGACGCUGGGUACCGAAGGGACAAUUUUGGCUACUGUGGCAGGAUUACAGUGUUCAUUUUUGAUUGACUCUGGAGCGGAAGUUAACACGUUCAUGCUAACAUUGUUCAAUCAAAUGGUUUUGGAGCCAACGUAUAAAAACGAACUAUUUGACGUUAACUAUACAUCAGAUCGAUCCCUUAAAGCCUACGCAACAUCUGGAAGAAUUGAAGUAUUAGCGACAUUCCACGCAUAUUUACACAUUUCCGAAGACAGGCCAACGCUAUUGGAGAAGUUUUAUGUUGUGAAGGAAAAUCGAGCACUUCUAAGCCGACAGACAGCAUGCAGAUAUAGCGUACUGAUGCUUGGACUGAAUGUCCCAAUACAAUCAAAUACAAGUGGAAAAGAAGAUGACCUAUAUGCUGGAGAGAUUGCAGCAAUCAGCUCCAGUGGUAUUUUUCCGAAAUUCAACGUCCCACCUGUAAAAAAUCUAUUAUGA